AUGGAGCAGCUAAUUGAUAAAGAUCCAACGAAAUUUUUCGAAUAUGUCAAUUGCGUCCGAAAAACUCAUGAUUUACCCAGUGAAAUGGAAUAUAAUGGCGUUAAGUUGAACUGUCAACAAGAUAUUGCCGAUACAUUUGCCAAACAUUUUGAAAAAGCGUACACCAAACAAAAUGAUGUUCAAACUGACAGUUACAAGGACUGUGAAUCGCUUCUCCGUGAUUUAUGCAUCAAUAUUCCAACGAUUGAAAUCACUGACGACAUAAUUUUGGAGACAGUAAACAACCUUCCAAAUAACACAGUAUCUGGGCCAGACGGAAUACCGAACAUUUUCAUCAAAAAAUGCAUUCACACGUUGGUAAAGCCGAUUACUCACAUAUUGAGUGAAUCAUUAAAGACCGGCUUUGUACCAGACAUUUGGAAGCGAUCUUAUGUACGGGCAAUACACAAAAGUGGAAUCAAAGCAAAAAUUGAUAACUAUCGUGGUGUUGCUUUGUAG